AUGCUGACCAAGUUCGAAACGAAGAGCAGCCGGGUGAAGGGGCUUAGUUUCCACAGUAAGCGGCCAUGGAUCCUGGCGAGCUUGCACAGCGGGGUGAUCCAGCUCUGGGAUUACCGUAUGGGCGUUCUGAUCGACCGGUUCGAAGAGCAUGAGGGAGCCGUACGCAGUGUCCAUUUCCACAAUUCUCAGCCUCUUUUCGUUUCCGGAGGUGAACGACCAACCUCCCCACCCCCCCACCCCUUCCUCCCUUCCCAGCGGUGGCUCUGAAUUCAUUCCAUUCCUCUCCCGGGUUUGAAGCUUGAUCUGCUGACCCAUGUUCUUCGUACUAUAUCUCGAUUAUGGUUUGUAAAUUGAGUUAAUUAUCACGCAUAUCAGAUCCAGCUUGAGAUUUGUCUCUUUCCGCAUUAUCCUCGUUUUGAUCGCAAAACAUGCUGCGAGCGACCUAUGUUACUGACUGUGAUAAUCAAAAGUCGAGGAGUUUAUGGUAGAAACCAGGCUGAUCGGUAAGAUGUCGAAUAUUUCUCCAUUACAGGGGUCACUGCCCUGCAGAACUCUUACACGUUGGCCUUCUUACAGACUCCAUAGCCUUUCCUGAAAAUAGCCAUCCACAAGGAGCAUUUUACCUAGUCAAUGUUAUUAAUCAAUGCUAUUUCCCCUUUCAUGUUCAUAUGGCAUGAAAUAAAUUAUUUCCCCUUUAUCCAGUGUAGAUAAUUAGUCAUCACAUUAUCGUCACUCCCUAAUCUUACUUUGUGCUCAUGUUGAUGGAGUCACACAACUCUUACAUUUCCCAUGGGUUGAUAACUUCUUAAUGUUCCUCAUGAUGCAUUGGUGUUCUUAACAUGGGCUUUUUUAUUUUUUGCCUGUUCUCUGGAUUGGAACGCAUCAACCACGAAAGUUGUGUCUGAAUCUCUUGUGGCUGUACAACAUCGUGAAAAGCUGUUCGUUCGUGUUGCAGGAGAUGACUGCGGGAUCAAAGUCUGGAACUACAAGACUCAUCGGUGCCUAUUUACUCUUCAUGGACACCUUGACUAUAUACGCACUGUGCAGUUUCAUGGCGAAUGUCCUUGGAUUGUUAGUGCUAGUGACGAUCUAACCAUUAGAAUAUGGAACUGGCAGUCGCGGAGUUGCGUUGCUGUAUUAACUGGACAUAAUCACUUUGUCAUGUGUGCAUCAUUCCAUCAUAAGGAGGACCUUGUUGUUUCAGCAUCACUGGAUCAAACUGUUCGUGUCUGGGACAUUGGGGCCCUGAGGAAAAAAACGGUGUCCCCUGUUGAUGACGUUUUGGGACUUGGCCAGAUAAACACAGAUUUAUUUGGGGCCACUGAAGCAAUUGUAAAGCAUGUUUUGGAAGGCCAUGACCGCGGCGUUAACUGGGCCUCUUUCCAUCCUACCCUUCCUCUCAUAGUUUCUGGAGCAGAUGAUCGUCAAGUGAAGCUGUGGAGAAUGAAGGGUAAUCAGUGAGACUUCAUUUCUCCUGUAAUAUUUCUGAUUAUCUUGUUUUUUUUUUCUUUAAAAACUCGACGAGGUGCCAGAUGAGUGAUAUGGCACUCGAUAAGUUUGGAUGCAUCUUUUCAUAUGAAUUUUUUUCUUUUUCGUUUUCUAGUGCCAUUAGAAAUGGGAGAGAAAACGUCCACUAAUAUGAAGGCAAGUCUCUGAAUCCGCAGGGAGAAAAAAAAAAUGAAGGGUACUCGUCUGAAAACCAUCUUAUUAAAGACCACCUAUCUCUCCAAGAGAAAUGACUGAUUCUCUCUUUUGGGGUUGUCUGAAGAUUGAUAGCUGAUCAUACAGACAACUUGAGACUACCCCAGUUGUGGAUCACAAUGCCAGCAGAUGCAUCCGUGGUUUACUCAGGCCCUUUUCAGGUUGUCCUAGAUCUCUCUUCAAUCAAAGAAGAUCCUCGAGCAUUCUCAAUGUGGAUCCUCUGGUUUCCCUCUCCUCGUUUACAUGAUUAUUAACCUCGUUAGUACCAUUCUCUUUAUUUUAUUUUGAUAUUCUCCUUUUAUUUCUAAUUUUUCAUAUGUUACAUCCUAAAGAUAGUAGCCUGAUGUGAUUCCUAUUCUUUCUAUUUGAGGAUGAUCCUACAUUUUACCGUGAGAUCUUUCUCUACCAGACGUUGCUAGCGCUAGGCUUUGAAACAUAGUUGCCUUUAAUCUGAUGAAGCCAUAUAUAUUGCAUUGGUUUGCUGUCAUAUAACCAUAGAAUGGGGAGCUUAUUAUCCAUUUGACUUCAAACUUUUUUCUGGCAGAUACAAUAGCUUGGGAGGUGGACACGUUAAGAGGGCACAUAAAUAAUGUAUCAUGCGUGAUCUUCCAUGAGAAGCAAGAUAUCAUUAUUUCUAAUUCCGAGGACAAAAGUAUCCGUGUCUGGGAUGCUACUAAACGCACUGGUGUUCAGACUUUCCGACGUGAGCAUGACCGUUUCUGGAUACUCGCUGCACACCCGGAGAUGAAUCUCCUCGCUGCUGGGCAUGACAGUGGCAUGAUCGUUUUUAAGCUAGAAAGAGAACGCCCUGCGUUCUCGGUGAGUGGGGACUCUUUGUACUACUGCAAAGAUCGGUUUCUUCAUCUCUAUGAAUUCUCAUCUUGCAAGGAUAGCCAAGUGCUUUCCAUUGGGCGACCUGGUUCAACUAGUUUAAAUCAGGCUCCCAGGACUUUGUCUUACAACCCUGUGGAGAAUGCUCUUCUCAUGUGUUCUGAUGUGGAUGGUGGAUCUUAUGAACUCCUUAUGAUACCCAAGGGUGCUACUGGAAGGAAUGAUUCUGUACAGGGUGGAAGGAAAGGCCCAGGGGCCUCAGCUGUUUUCUUGGGUCGCAAUAGAUUUGCAGUUCUCGACAAGACAACCAACGAGGCCGUUGUGAAGAACUUAAACAAUGAGGUUGUGAAGAAGUGUGCUCUCCCUCUUGCCGCUGAUGCCAUUUUUUAUGCUGGAGCAGGGAAUUUACUGUGCAAAGCAGAGGAUAAGGUCGUCAUUUUUGAUCUUCAGCAAAGGUCAGUCCUUGCGGAACUCCAGACUCCUUCUGUAAGGUAUGUGGUUUGGUCAGGCGACAUAGAGGCUGUUGCUUUACUCAGUAAACACGCCAUUGUUAUAGCUAGCAAGAAACUUGUCCACAGAUCUACACUUAAUGAAACAAUCCGUGUCAAAAGUGGUGCCUGGGAUGACAAUAACGUCUUCAUAUAUAGUACUGUAAAUCACAUAAAGUACUGUCUUCCAAAUGGCGAUAGUGGAAUUAUUAGAACGUUGGAUGCUCCAAUAUACAUUACAAGGGUGUCCGGUAACAAUAUCUAUUUCCUGGAUAGAGAUGGAAAGAGUGGUGUCUUAACAGUUGACGCCAGUGAAUACAUUUUUAAACUGUCCCUCCUAAGAAAAAGAUAUGAUCUGGUCAUGAGUAUGAUCAGGAACUCGCAGCUCUGUGGGCGGGCUGUGAUCGCAUAUCUUCAACAGAAAGGGUACCCAGAAGUUGCUCUACAUUUUGUCAAAGAUGAGAGGUUGCGAUUCAACUUGGCUCUUGAGAGUGGUAACAUCCAGAUAGCGGUUGCUUCUGCCAAGGAAAUCGAUGAGAAGGACCUCUGGUAUAAGCUUGGGAUUGAGGCUCUCCGGCAAGGGAACACUAGCAUUGUGGAAUAUGCAUAUCAGAGGACAAAAAACUUUGAAAGGCUGUCUUUUCUGUAUCUUGUUACUGGGAACAUUGAAAAGCUUUCCAAGAUGAUGAAGAUUGCGGAGAUUAAGAAUGACGUGAUGGGUCAGUUCCAUGAUGCACUGUAUUUGGGUGAUGUAGAGGAACGUGUGAAGAUCUUGGAGGCUGCUGGUCAAUUGCCCCUUGCAUAUGUCACAGCUUCUGUUCAUGGAUUCACAGAUGAUGCGGUUAGGCUUGCAACUGAGCUGGGGGAUAACAUUCCUACUGUGCCACGCGGGAAAGUUCCUAAUCUCCUGAUUCCACCAUCUCCACUACUUUGCUCUGGAGAUUGGCCACUGUUGCGAGUCAUGGAAGGUAUUUUUGAUGGUGAUGUGGAUAAUGCUAGAAGGUCUGGCCACGAGGACGACGAAGAAGGUGGUGUUGCAGAUUGGGGUGACGGAGACUUGGAUAUUCCUGACAUUGAACAUGCAAUUCGGAGUGGAGACAUUGGAACAGGUAUUGAGGAUGCUGAAGCGAAUGAAGAAAUUGAUGAGGGAGGAGGAGGAUGGGACUUGGAAGAUCUCGAACUUCCACCUGAUGUUGGUGUUCCAAAGGCUGCACUCAGUUCUUACGAUUCUAUUUUUGUCACUCCAAACCCUGGCAUGCCUGUCAGCCAAAUAUGGAUUCAGCAGUCAUCCUUAGCUGGUGAACAUGUGGCAGCAGGCAACUUUGACACUGCAAUGCGCUUACUAGGCCGUCAAUUGGGAAUAAAGAACUUUGCGCCAUUAAAGGUGUUAUUCAUGGAUUUAUACAUCGGAAGUUCUUCCUAUUUGCCUUCAUUUGCUCAGACGCCUGUGAUAUCACUGGCACUUGAGAAAGACUGGAAUGAGACUGAUGAUUCUAAUGUGAGACACCCUCCAGCACUUGUUUUCAGGUUUUCUCAGUUGGAGGAGAAACUUAAGCUUGCCUACAAGGCCACCACAGAGGGGAAAUUCUCUGAAGCCUUGCGGUUGUUCCUCAACAUUUUGCACACGAUGCCUCUUCUUGUUGUAGAUCAGAGAAAGGAUGUUGAUGAAGUGAAAGAACUCAUAGAGAUUACGAGGGAAUAUGUUCUCGGGUUAAGGAUGGAGGUCAGGAGAAAGGAGAGCAAAGAUAACCUGGCACGCCAGCUAGAGUUAGCAGCAUACUUCACAAACUGCAAACUUCAGAUGAGCCACUUGAGGCUCGCACUGGUCAGUGCAAUGACCAUUUGCUUCAAGGGGGAAAAUUUCAGUACAGCAGCCAACUUUGCAAGAAUGUUGCUGGAUACCAACCCAACACUUGAGGUGCAUGCAAAGAGAGCGAGGCAAGUUAUCCAGGCCAGCGGAGAUAAACAAGAUUCCUAUAAGCUAAACUAUGAUUUCAGGAACCCCUUUGUGGUAUGUGCUGCAACUUUUGUGCCCAUAUACCGUGGCCAAAAGUAUGUGUCUUGUCCUUACUGUGGGGCGCAUUUUGUGCCAGCAGUGCAAAGUCAGAUAUGCCCAGUUUGUGAGAUUGCAGAGAUCGCUGCAGAUUCUUCUGGGCUUUUCUGCUCUCUUUCUCAGAAAAGAUGA